AUGUCGUUAUCGAAGCGAGUCAUUCCCGAUAGUGUGCUGGAAGGCUGUCACGCCCUCCUACCAGGCGUAGCACCACCUUACGGCUACAUACCGAGUCUUGCAGCUGGCAUUGUCUUUGACAUCCUCUUCCUCGGCUUUACAGCCCUCAACCUCUAUCGCAGCAUCCGAUACAAAGUAUGGUCCAGCUACCUCCUCACCAUCUGCGCGGUUGGUGAACUCAUCGGCUGGAUCGGUCGUACCUGGUCGUCACAGUGCCCCUACAACUCGCAGGCCUUCCCAAUGCAGGAGAUAUGCCUGGUGAUUGCGCCCGUCUUCUUAGCUGCCACCCUAUACCUUUACCUUGGCAUUUUCAUCAGGCUUUCCGGUGACAAAUUCUCCUUAAUCAACCCAAAAUUGUACGUGCGCAUAUUCCUCACCAGCGACAUCAUUAGUCUUCUUGUUCAGGCGGCGGGCGCUGGCAUAGCUACCGGCGAGAUUAAUAGUGAGGGAGGCAAUGCUUGGACAGGGGUCUAUAUUGUUGUUGGUGGCUUGGUCUUCCAAGGAUGCCGGGUACCCAGGAAUGAUGCGUUCGUUACGAUCACAGCAAUCAGUGUGUUGGCCGUAUAUAUACGUUGCAUAUAUCGGACUGUGCAGCUGGCGGAGGGCCUUGCAGGGUAUUUGUCCACUCAUGAAGGAUACUUCAUUGCGCUUGAUGCUGUCAUGAUUGUGGUUGCAUAUAUAGGAUUCGUUUUUUACGAUCCUGGUCUGUUGGAGGAUGAGUCGUAA